GCUCCUCUCUAUCAGUCAGUCAGUUCAAUCUCAUUCUCGACACCAGAAGCAACCAACACCCGACGGGCAGUGAUGAUCACCCACCACCACCACCACCAACGGCGAUCGAUUUCGCUAUUGUUCGUACUGCUCGCAUCCCUGGCGACCUCAAUCCGUGCCGAGGGAAACGAUUUCGACGACAAAAGCUGCGGCCGACAGUUGGCUCCCCUGGAAGGUUUGGUAAAGGGUGGAUUCAAAGCACGGGCCGGUGAGUGGCCCUGGCAUGUGGCGCUGUUUCACCGAAUCGGAUCUUCCGCCGACUUUGAUUAUCAGUGCGGAGGAACCCUGGUGCACAAGUAUCUGGUAGUGACGGCAGCCCAUUGCGUAACGUUACGAUCGAGCAGGAAACACAAGCUGCCGGCAGAUGUGCUGGUGAAGGUCGGACGGUUUAAUAUCUCCGAGGAACGCGAGGAGCAAGGACGGGACUACGAGGUGGAGAAGAUUGUGACGCAUCGCGGUUACAAACCGCUGUCGUACGAGAACGAUAUAGCGAUCUUGAAGUUGGAUGUGCCGGUGAUCUUUUCGCAGUAUGUGCAACCGGUCUGCUUGUGGAAGAGAGACGACGGACUGGUACUGCCGAAUAUUUGGGGUCAAACCGGAACGGUCGUUGGAUGGGGACUUACGGAUGCGAAUACAACCGCUUCGUUACUGAACACGGCCCGGAUGCCGGUAGUGUCCACGCAUGACUGUUUGGAAAGUGAUCGAAACUUUUUCGGGCGUCUGCUGUACGCCAAGGUUUUCUGCGCGGGGUUCAAAAAUGGUACUGGAGUGUGCAAUGGGGAUAGUGGAGGUGGAAUGAUUUUUCAACAUGCAGGACAAUGGUAUCUGCGGGGUAUUGUUUCAUUCAGUGAAACGCUAGACGAGUCCAAAAUUUGCAAUCUGAAACAGUUUGUGGGAUUCACCGAUGCCGGUCAAUAUUUGGAUUGGAUCUACGAGACAGCACCGAUCAACGAAAACAGCGAUCCCAUCCUGGGGCAUCCAAAUAUUCGGCUUAUCAAUCAAGGGGAUUGUGGAUUGAAUGAGUACAUGUUUGGUUACCAGGAGACAAGAAAACCGAUGAUUAGACAGUACUUGUGGAUGGUGAUUCUCCGCCAUCCGUUCCAAGAUCCGAAGUACGUUCCGUGUAACGGGGUUUUAAUCAACAAAAAUUACAUUCUAACUACGAAAUGCGUCGAUUGGAAUGAUGACGUUGCCGUUACCCUGGGAGAAUAUAUUACCGGUCAAACGCAGGACUGUGCUCAACGAAACGAUCAGUGGGUCUGUCUAAGUCCAGUUCAGACCGUUGCGAUCAACGAAUUUUACCAAAAGGAUUCACUGAUUUUGGCACGCUUAUCCUCACCGGCAUACAUCGGCCGGCGGGAUCACAUUCAAGCGGUAUGUUUACCGACAACCGCGGAGCAGCGACAGCGUAUCUAUCCGAAGUACAUACUGACCGGGUGGAAAGAAUCCGGUAACGAUUCGCAGUACUUGCAGCGGCAAAUUGUUGAUAUCAUUCACCAGGCGGCCUGCCGGGAAGAGAUGGGGAAGACUGAAUAUGCAAGUGAGCAGGAAAAGAACAUUACCGAUUGGAAGAUUUGUGUGCGGAACGUGGGCGUGGAGAAACGAAGUCCCUUCUGUGAUGACUACCAGCCCGGGACGGCAAUUCAGGCGAUCGAGAAAAAGUCCAAUCGGUACUACUUGUACGGGAUACAGACGGGGAUUUCGUACUGCAGCAAACCGGAGACGUUUAUUGCGGUGUCGAAGUACAUGGAGUGGAUACUGGAUAAUAUGAGACCUUGAGGAAUUGGAGAUUGCGUGAAAACAUUUAGAAUUAAUUGGAAAGGUUAAAAAUCGAAGGAUAUUGGAAUGAUACUGAAUGCCCCAAACAUUGAUAAAUAAAUCGCAUGAAUGAGUGCCUCAUACUAAUUUUUAACGUUA